AGCAAGACCAAGUUAGAGGGUUAUAAUAUUAUUCCUGAAGAGAUCAUGACAAAGAGUGAGGUGAAGCUGUUGGGAGCAUGGCCAAGUCCAUUUGUAAUGCGGGCUCGGAUAGCUCUUAAUAUCAAAUCAGUGGAGUAUGAGUUUCUUGAAGAAAAUUUGAGGUCCAAAAGUGAGCUUCUUCUUCAAUCCAACCCUGUUCAUAAGAAAAUCCCUGUUCUCAUUCAUAGGGACAAACCCAUUUGCGAGUCUUUGGUCAUUGUGCAGUAUGUGGAUGAUGCCUGGUCCUCUGGCUCUCCUAUUCUCCCUUCUGAUCCUUAUGACCGCGCCAUUGCUCGCUUUUGGGCUACCUACAUUGAUGAUAAGUGGUACCCGGCCAUGAGAUCAAUUAGAGGAGCAGAAGGAGAGGAUGAGAGGAAGAGAUUGUUACAAGAAGUGGGAGAAGGAUUGGCUUUGCUGGAGAAUGCUUUUAAAAAAAGCAGCAAAGGGAAGGACUUUUUCGGUGGUGACCAAAUUGGGUUCCUGGAUAUUGCACUUGGAAGCUUCUUAGGGUGGCUGAGGGUAACAGAGACAUCCAAUGGGGUGAACUUGCUGGACCAGACCAACACACCUAAGCUGGCAAAAUGGGCUGAAAGGUUCUGUGCACAUGAUGCUGUCAAAGAUGUUAUGCCUGAGAUAAGGAAGCUUCUUGAGUUUUCUAAGAUGCUAAGGGCCAUGAUGGCUGCUUCUACUCCAAAGUAAAUGUUCUUUUUAACAAAUUAGC